UCAGGGAAGAGCCAGGGAACAUUUAGACCAGGACAGGGUCUUCCAGAGGGAGGCCAGAGACGACGAGCACCAUUUGCAGGGUGCCAGUGGACCCCGACUACAGUAGCACUGUGCAGUACAGUACUUACUUACUGUAGCAGCCAGCCAUCCAAACCCAAUCCCAAUCCCGUACCCAAACCCAAACCCAAACCCAAACCCAAACCCAAACCCAAACCCUUCUGGGCGUCGAGCUAGAACCAAAGCUAAGGUAGACCGUAGCCGUGCCCUUCGCCGUCUGCACUUUCUUUGGGACCCGCUACCAGGACGUCGACCACCGUUCGUUCAAUUACAUACAUACCUACCACGACCCAGCAGUACUUCUCGUCUCCUCGACUAUUCGUUCGUUCGCUCUCCUUUCCCAGGACCAGAGACUCUGACGCCAGACGCCAGCGACUGUGCCAACACCGGCAGCCGUCUUCACCGUCACCGUCACCGAACCCACUACUUCAACAGCCAGAUACCCACCCACUUCCACGUCACUUGCAUUCUCUACGCACCACCACUUCACUUCGAUUCAAUCCGGUCUCUACAACCUCGUCUUCUACAUACCUCUAACCACGUCACAACAUUACAUUACAGUCUAUUACAGGCUUCCUCGAAUACAGCGAAACCCCACCUGCUACGAACAGCAGAUGAUAGUAUAAAAGCAACAGCGACCUCUGCGACGAAUUUCCUAUACAUAAUUGUCUCGAUGGUUGUGACCAUGGCCAACAAUGGAAUGCCCCUCCCUGUUCGCCCCGAACACCAAACCAGCCAACCUCCCCCACCAAAUUACAUAGAGUAUGGGCGCACCUACUGUGGCUUCAGAAAUGGCAAAUACAUGUUUCCAAUUGACGAGUCUGAGAUGGAUCGCAUGGACAUCUACCACAAAUUCUUCUCGGUCGCCAGAAAUGAAGAACUGCACGCCACGCCCUUUAGCCCGAACUAUGAUAAAGGGCCCAGGAUAUUGGAUUUGGGCUGUGGAACAGGCAUUUGGGCGAUUGAUAUGGCAGAGAAAUAUUACCACCAUCACGCAGAGGUGCAGGGGAUAGAUCUGGCACUGAUUCAACCUGCAAAAAUUCCGCCGAACUUGACUUUUGCCCAGCGAGAUAUCGAGUCCCCAUGGUUUUGGUGCGAUGUUGAUUCUUGGGAUAUGAUCCACAUGCGGAUGCUGGCAGGAAGCAUAACUAGCUGGCCAACCACAUAUGCACAAAUUUUAAGGCAUUUGAAACCAGGCUACGGAUGGCUGGAGCAUGUGGAGAUUGACAUAGAGCCACGGUGCGACGACGGUACCCUCCCUGCGAAUUCCAGCCUCAUACAAUGGAGCAGACUGCUAUUGGAUGCGACAGAGCGCGCUUACAGGCCGCUGGCAUACAACCACGACACAGGAGCAAUGCUUCACAGAGCAGGCUUCGUGGACAUCAAAGAGCAGGUCAUCAAAAUUCCCCUGAACCCGUGGGAGAACGACCCUCAUCAGAAAGAUAUUGGGCGCUGGUAUAAUCUCGGUCUUACGCAAGGCUUGGAUGCACUUACCACGGCGCCUCUGACACGGAUGAGCCAGUGGACGAAAGAAGACGUGGAUAGAUUGAUUGGAGAUGUCAAGAGGGAGGUCUGCUCCAAGAAGCACCACGUCUACUGCAAUAUGUGAGUUGUGAUUCUGCCUAUCCAUUGCCCUAUUCGCGCAACAAAUUUUUCCUAAAAUUGCCUCUAUGACGUCCAAGCUAACAUGUUUCCGCUAAUUAGGCACAUUUGGAUUGCUCGCCGGCCAGCCAAUGCUUGAGUCCUUCCGCAGCGAGAAUUAACAAGCCACCCUUCAAACGCCAGCCUGCAGCACACCUCGCGGCUCUUCUCUCACACCACCCUCGGAUUCGACGGGAUCUCAAUGACCAACCUGUAUUCAAUUUACCCGAACAAAAUACAAAAAUGCGGUACAGACAACCCAACCCGUCUAAGCCUGGGCAAGGCAGACCUCUCAAUCAAACGAAAUGGGCCCCCUCCCUUCCUUAACCGCAUUGUAGUACCAUAUGCGCGCGCGCAGAAAGACUGGGUUAGAUGCAUAUGCAGCUCUAAGCGCCUGCAGAUGUAACCCCUCCUCCCUCCUCUCCCUGACCUGGCUCAUUACACUUCAAUUACGGCCGAAAUUCCGCUCGGUACGCGAACAACCUGCAAUUUCUGGCGGCUGCCCGGAUCGAUUUACCACCUUCCCCGAUGAGCUGUUCUGCUCCGUGUUUCAAGCGUGGCGCAUCGCAUGGUCAUUUCAAGAAGUUCACUGCAGACCAUACUACGGCCUGCUUUGGUGUUGUGUGUUGGGGUCGGGUUUCGAGGUUGAAUAAAUGUGUGUUUUGUGGACUCGUAUGACCAGUACGCCGAGAAAACAUCCAAUCGGCAUUUCGUAGCUCUUCCCUGUCCCUCAAUCCCACUGUUGGUUUUUUUUUGUUGGAAAACAUCCCUGUACGACGCUCCGGACCGAAGCGAAGCGAGGACCCCCGCUCAGCCCAGACCAACCAGCACGGGAGGAACGAAACGAGUCCUGGGACAGGAGUCGCAAAGUGACAGAUUUUGGGCAUGUUGGUGUUGGAUUUUGGGUUUUGUGUGAGGGUAAUGAAGAUUUGCGUUUGGGAUGGAUUGACCACUAACCGGCACUCCGGGAGCGCAAGGAUGGCAUGAUGUUGGUGUUGGUGUUACAUGAUCGAGAGGGUGAUUGCAGAGGCGCAGUGAACACUGUGUUACAGACCAGACCAGGUCAGCAAGCCAGCAAACCAGCCAGCUGAAAUAGGGAGCAUGCCAAUUUGUCGGAGGGAGACCUGUUCGUUGGGUGGUGGAUCGGCUGGGAGUUAAGUCAAUUGGAUUUGACCGGACUCGAUUGGAUAGGAGUAACAUCGAAGGGGUUUUCGGCCAUUCUGAGGUCCCAGAGAAAAUGGCUAUGCGGGCGUGGUGAUGAGACAUGUCGCAGGCGUCUUGGAGAAAAUGACGAGAAAUUUUGGACACGCUAAACCCUUUCGCCGUGGGGGUUGCGGAGCGAUCUGAGUAACGAGCUGGCAUGUACGGUUCACCCUUGGAUGCCAGUUCCCUCAGGCAAGUCCUGUGUCUCGGCAUUGAGAUUCUGUACCAUCAAGAUUAUUGUCGACCAGGCAACCUCACCGCCCUAACAAUGUAAGCCUGGGGUCGUACAAGGUUUCCUUACUUUUUCCCACUGAAAUCGAUUCUCAAGAAUGACGGGACUGGAUUGCGACAUGACGCAGAUGAGAUGAGAUGAGACAUGACAGGAUCAGACAAGAACUGUCUCUGACCCAGGAUUCUGGGAUUAUGGCACGCAUACCUGGGCUGAGAUGAGAUGAGACGGAACUUUCCUUUCUUUUUUUCUCGAACCGGAGCGAGCCGGGUGGAGGG